CUGCGGUCACACCGCUGCCGCACUGCAGCUGGCAGUUCGCACUGGCACACUGCGGUCACACUGGCUUCGCUUAGCAGUAUUGCUUGGUGAUAAGGAAGCAACGAAAAAGUGAAACCAACAAAAAGCGUUCCAGUGAAGUUGCCAUUAAAUUAUGAAAUCGAGGAUUAACGCGGUCUAAGCAUGUGUAACUGACUUCCUACGGGCAAGGAAUUGCAGGUAACUAGCCCAGGAGGCACCAGGUAGCGGAGCAGGCGGCGUGGGUAGGUCCGACGAGGCACUUGGCGGGCGGAGUCUCACUUUUGGGCUGCAAAACGUAAACAAACAGCGGCGUGCGUACAGUCCCGGGAAUAAAAAUAUAGCCAUCAUGCUGGCCCAGACGGCAUACUUGAAAGUGACGCGCCUCUCGCUCCGACCGGCGUCGAAUCUUUCCAAGCGGCGGGUGGAGGAGCUGAACUCUGGAAUCGGCGAGCUACGGCAGCUGCUGUCCUGCGUGGUCUGCUGCCAGCUGCUGGUGGAUCCCUACUCGCCCAAAGGCAAGCGGUGCCAGCACAACGUGUGCCGGCUGUGCCUGCGCGGUAAGAAGCAUCUGUUUCCCAGCUGCACCCAGUGCGAGGGUUGCUCCGACUUCAAGACCUACGAGGAGAACCGCAUGAUGGGUACCCAGCUACUGUGCUACAAGACACUGUGCGUCCACCUGCUGCAUUCGGCGUUAUUUGGGCAGCUGGCCGGGAUGCGGCCACAGGUGGCCAGGGAGCUGGUGCCGCGCAUCAAUCUGCCGCCCAAAACUACACAGGAGUUCAUUCGCGAGGGCUCAAACAUCUCGGACACGUUCGACACCUUUCUGCCCCAGCCGGAUCUGCCGUUUCUCAAGGACAUGCCCACGUCACUGCCCGCGGAGACGCCGCCUACGACGGCGGCCACGACUCCAGAACUACCCUACGAUCAUCACCUCAACAUCAGCGACAUUGAGGCGGAGGCGGCGGCCACAGCGGAGCAGGGUCACUUCUCGCCGCUUCCCCUGCUGCCCACAGGAUCUCGCAUGGGCCUGCUCUCCCACGCCGGGCAAAUAGUCAUUGCCACCGAGAGCUCGGAGUCGGGCUUCAUGGAGCAAGCGUGGACGGAUCAGGUGGACCUCUCCGGUGCGGUUUCGAUGUCCAAUUACACCAAUAGCGGCAACAACUUUGCCGUCUCCUACGUGAUGCCCACCUCUGCGACCACGACGUUCGAUCCACAGGAACUGCAAAUCGGCCAGGUGGUGCAAAUGGCCGUUGAGGAGACCGUUGAGACGUCCACACAGUUGACUGUGCUCUCCACCACCGUUGAGGAGACUGUCGAGGAGUCCGUUGAGGAGUCCGUUGAGGAGACCGUUGAAACAUCCACUCAGCUAGAGGUGCUUACCUCCGCUGAGGAACCCAACGAAAUCUCUGAUCAAUUGACUGAGUUGGAAGUUGCGGGAUCUGAGGAGGCUUUGGUCACCGUUGAAGAGGCCGAAGAGACCUCAAUUCAGUCAGAGGUUGUAGCUGAGCACAAGGAGGAAGAUCAACAAUUGGAUGUGCAGACUUCACAGUCACCUACACAAGCCGAAAUGGAGGAGGCAGUAGAGGAGCAUGUUGCCACAAAAACACAAUUGGGUCAGGUGCAAACAGAAUUGCAGGUUGAGGAGCCGUUGCAGACAGAUAUUAAGGACGCAAAGGAAGCGGCUGAAGAGGUGAAAGAGAAGGACCAGCACCCCAGCAGUGCGGAACUGCAGAAGGAGGACAUUGACGAGCCAACGCUCAAGCGAAAGAGAACCCGUAGUCUCAAAGCGUCACAAGCUGCCAAAAUUGAGCCUGCGCCGUCUGAGGUCAAGGCUAAAGUGCAAUCUGGAAAGGGCGCUCUUCGCAGGGUUCGGGGCAAGGACAAGGAGGAAAAGGUGAAACCUCCGAAGCCGAAGUGCCGCUGCGGUAUCUCUGGCUCGAGCAAUACCCUCACCACCUGCCGGAACUCCCGGUGUCCUUGCUACAAGAGUUACAACAGCUGUGCUGGGUGUCAUUGCGUGUGCUGCAAGAAUCCGCACAAAGAGGACUACGUUGAAAGUGAUGAGGACGAUGACUUUGAGGAUUUCGAAAUGCUGAAGGACGUUCCAGAGCCGAUGACUCAGUCGGAGGAGCCGGUAGUAGCUGAGCCCAGGCAGGAGGAGAACAGUCGGGACUGUGCGCCGCCAGACUCUUCUGAAGAAGCCAUAAGCCUAGUGCCGCUAAACAAUUUGCAGCACUCCCAGCAUCCUUUAGUACUUGUUCAGAAUGAGCAAGGCGACUACCAGGGCUUCAAUAUCUUCCAGGGCAACAAGCCCCUUGAUCCGGUCGCCGCUGGAUUCACUAUGCGUGUCCAGCUGCAGCACACCGAUGGCAACGGUUCCGUUCCCCAGCAUGCUUACAUGAUGCCACCAAUUACGAUGCCGAAUCCACCGCCUCCGUCUCUUUCGCCACCACCGCCUCCUGCUCCUGACAGGGAAGUCAUCGAGACACCGGCCAAGAAAUUCAGGACAAGUCGAACACGCCGAGGAAGGGCCAACUUCUCGGCCCUCGACACGGUUGAUGAGCUUGUCAGUGGCGGAUCCAGGAGCAAUUCUGCCGCUGGCGACAGAUCAUCGGCCACUGACAAUGCCCAGUCACUGUUCGAGGAGAUCAUGUCGGGCUCGGAUGACUUGUAAGCAAGGCGACUCAUCCCUAUAUGUUUUUUUUUUAUUUAUUUUUUUUAAUGUGUUCAGUGAUGUCCAGAUAUCAUCCUUUAAAGGAUAAAUUUUAUGUAUGUUAUGGAUGGUUGAAUUCAGCACUGAAUUGCAUCCAUAACGUGGUAUCGUCUUUAAUCCUCUUAUUAUACCCGUUAUUCGUAGACCCUUUGUAUACUACCCUUUGUAUACUAGAUUAGUUUCCGACCAUAUAAAGUAUAUAUAUUCUUGAUCAGGAUCAAUAGCUGAGUCGAUCUCUCCCUGCCCGUAUGAAUGUCUCGAUCUCAGGAACUAUAAAAGCUAAAAGGUUGAGAUUAAGCAUACGAAUUCUAGAGACAUUGUUGCAUGUUGCCGCGCCCACUUAGCAACUUCCACGCCCACACUUUUGUGCAAUUUUUAAAUAUUUUCAAAUUUUAUUCCCCAAUACUUGUGGAUAUCCCAGAAAAAUGAUGAAGCAAGCUGAGUAACGGGUAUCUGAUAGUCGGGAAACUCGACUAUAGCGUUCUCCCUUGUUUUUAACAUAUGGUUACGUUGCGGUACAUAUUCCACAUACGCAACUUCCACUUAAAUCAACUCCCAAAUAUCUUUUAGGAGCAUUCUACAACCUGAGGAUUUCAGCAAACGUUUCCAAAACUAAAUUGUUUUUUAAUACGUAUUAAGCCAAAAGUCGUAUACAUAACUAUUUAAAGCAAUUCUGCAGCUGCAGCAAAGAUAAUCCUUUUAAGAGUAAAGCAUAAGUCAAAACUAAAGAUUAUUUUCGUUUAACGAACAGCGAAUUAUAGUUUACUUAAAUGCUUUGCCCAAAAUGCGGAUGCUGUGAGCUAAAUAACCUUUUUUUUUAAUAAGCUAAGACAUUUUUUUGAAUAGGCUAAGACUUUUUUUGAGCAUGAAUUUUUUUGAGCACGUGAACCUAGGAUUAAGAACAACAAUUCAAGUAAGCCAUAUAUACCCAUAUUAUAUAUGCGAACAUAUAACUAUUAAAAUAUUUAAAUAAACAUGAGCAUUGCUACUCAGAAA